AUGCCCUCCCAGCUCACAAACCGCGACUUCCAAUCCGCAAAGAACGUCGAGCCCCUCGACGAACACAACACCCAGUCCGAGGAGGCAGCCACCCAGCCCUCCUUCUCCGGGCCGGGGGCCCACAGCUCGGCCGCGUCGACGACCAAGCCGCAUGGCAACAAGGUCUUGAACAAGCUGGAUCCACGGCUCGAUAGUGAUAUGUUGGAGGGGCAGCAGGAAAGGGAGAGGCGGGAGGGGCCGCAUGAGUUAACCAACUAA